AGGCUUGUCCCAGCCAGGAGAUUGCGGGGGCUAACAGCUGUACAAAGGAAUGUCUUCCGUUGUCAAUCUACUCAGCCACAGCAUUCUACAGAUUUGAUAUACAACUUCAACAAGAGAACACUCUUACCAACACCAAGGCCAUACGAUGAUAUAUCAGACGAGCAUUCUAGCAUCUAUACAACAACAGAUAAUCAAGAACUUUUCGCAAUCUUAGAAGCUUGUUUGUCUUCUCCUUUCCUCCUCGAACGAGCUCAAGGUGUCUUCCAAAAUUUACGUGAGAAGCAAAUAGAGAAUUUUACAUCAAAUAAUUAUUCUACGCUUGACGUUACAAUAUACAAUAAAUUCAUCGAGCGUUACUUCCAAGAAGCCGAUAAAAGAUCGAAAUCUAGUGGCGAUAAGUACAUCGGAGAGGCUUUCAAACUUUGGGAUGCACUUUUUACUGGUAAAGAAGGUGUUAAUUGGGAGCUUGAAACAUGGACUUUGAUGGUGAAGGGUAUGGCAAAGCAUGGUGAUUCUUCUUACUCCUGCAAACCUCUACUUGAUGCAGUAAACGAUUUGCCUGGUAAACCAAGUCUGAGGGAUGUCAUUAUAAAGUACUCUCAUUUCACUAGUUUAUCGGAGUCAUUUGCAGCAGUUUCCGUACUCACACGAGCAGCUGCAAGUGCUGGAAAUGUGCCAUUAAUUGAGGAAUUAGCCUCAAUUCAUGCUGAAUUGGAGAAAAGUAUGAAUGGCGUUGAAGAGGAAAAUGCAUCACUACCAGAUGAAGCAGCAUCUGAGGCCGUACAAGGAGAAGAAGAUAUCAUGGGUGUUCUCAGUCCAUCAACUUCUGAAACACCAUACAACCUUUACUCACUUAGACAAUCACUAAAACCACUCGGACAUACUUCUAAAACUCUCGCUGGUGAUCCUGCUGCCCGUCAACGUUUACUUGAGGAAUCAGCUUAUGAAACCGCUAAAGCUAGAUUUGAACAUGAAAUGAAUGAGCUCGAGAAAGCGGGCGUUUCUACUGCUUUAUCUGGUCAUCCUUUGCAGAAACUUAUGUGGGAUUGGUGGAAAAAGGUCUCAGUUGAUAUUCAAGCAAAGCUCCAGAAGAGUAUGGAGACAACGAAUCCAAAGACCAAGGAAGAGAAGUUUAUGAAUGAAAUCACACCAUUUUUAUCCUUACUUUCAUCUGAAAAGAUGUCUUUAAUUACUGUCCUUGAAAUUUUAAGGCUAAGUGGUACAGGUGGUAUAGCAGAGGGUAUGAAAACCACUCGCGCAUUAUUAUCAGUUGGCAAAGCCGUGGAGAAUGAACAUCAUGCUGAAAUACUUAAACAAAAGCACGGAAUUUCAUUGAAAGGUGUAGAAGCAGAUGCUAAGCAAGUAAAACGUAAACUUCGUUAUUUCGAUCACCGUAAAGCUGAAAAAGAACUUGAUCUUAAAUCGCCAGAAUUCACUGGUUUGAUCGACGAUGCUAUGGGAACUUCAGAACAAUCGCCUGAAGCACAUAGUCAUGAUAUUGCCUCGGAGAGAGCGAAAGCAAGGGUUGUCGAAGAGCGUAUGAAUAAAGCUUGGACACCAAAUUGGUCACAAAUUAUUAGAAUUAAAGUUGGUUCAUUCUUAGUGGAUAGUCUCAUGGAAUGCGCUACUAUCACAAGGACAGCUAAACAUCCAGAAAGUGGAGAAGAGAUGACGGAAGCCCAACCAGCUUUUUCACAGUCUUAUCAAUACGUCAGAGGAAAGAAACUUGGUGUCAUUAAAGUAAAUACAGCGGUUGCUGAUAGACUUGAUAAAGAUCCAUUGGGUUCGACCAUCCAUCCAAGACAUCUUCCUAUGCUUGUCAAACCAAAACCUUGGUUGAGAUACGAUAGUGGUGGAUACCUCUUCCAUAAAAAUUCAGCCAUGAGAUUCAAAGAUUCAAAUGAACAACAAUCAUACAUAUUAAAAGCUUCAAGUGAGGGUACAAUGGAACCUGUUUUAGCUGGUUUAGAUGUCCUUGGUGCUACACCUUGGAACAUUAACAGGAAAGUUUUCAAUGUAGUCAAAGAAGCUUGGAAUACAGGUGAAGGUCUGGCGAAGAUACCACCUGCAACAACAAAAACUCCAGAUCCAGUUAAACCUGCAAACUAUGCAAUUGAUCCAAAAGAACGUUCAAAUUAUUUACAAAGCAUGAAAGCUGUUGUCAAUGAAAGAAGGAAUAAUCAUAGUAUCAGAUGUGAUACUAAUUAUAAACUUGAAAUUGCCAGAGCAUUUUUGAACGAAACGUUUUAUUUCCCUCAUACUUUGGAUUUUAGAGGUAGAGCAUAUCCAAUUCCUCCACAUUUAAAUCAUAUUGGCGAUGAUCUUAGUAGAGGUUUACUUAUUUUUGCCGAGAAGAGACCAUUAGGGGAGAAGGGAAUGAGAUGGCUCAAAAUUCAUUUGGCUAAUGUAUACGGUUAUGAUAAGGCAUCAUUUAAUGAAAGAGAGCAAUUCGCAGAUGAGCAUAUGGAGGAAAUCUACGACAGUGCAGAUAAUCCAUUAAAUGGUCGUAAAUGGUGGUUAAAAGCUGAUGAUCCUUGGCAAUGUUUAGCAGCAUGUUAUGAAAUUCAAGCAGCUAUGUUAUCACCAAAUCCACUCGCCUAUGAGAGUGCAUUACCAGUUCAUCAAGAUGGUACAUGUAACGGUUUACAACAUUACGCAGCACUCGGUGGUGACCCAAUGGGAGCUAAACAAGUUAAUCUCGAACAAGGAGAUAGACCAUCAGAUGUAUACACAGCUGUCGCAGAUCUCGUUAUUGAAGAUAUAAAGAAAGAUGCAUUAGAAUCAGAUAAUGAGUUUGCAAAGAUCCUCGAAGGAAAAAUCACUAGAAAGGUCGUCAAGCAAACAGUUAUGACAACAGUUUAUGGUGUUACAUUUAUUGGAGCACGUGAUCAGAUUGACAAACAACUUCAAGAUAGAGGUGAUAUCCCACAAGAUAAGGUUUACACAACUGCAAGUUACCUAGCUAAAAAGGUUUUAAGAUCCAUCGGUGAUCUUUUCGCUGGUGCUAAUGCAAUUCAAAAGUGGUUGAGUAUGAGCGCGAGAUAUAUAGCCAAGUCGAUUCCACCAGAGAGAUUGAUUAGAGCACUUGAGCCACUCGAGGCUAAAAGAAAGAAUAGCCCCGCUAACAAGGGUAAUGUUUCAACACGCACAGCAAAAGAACAAAUGACAUCUGUUAUAUGGACAACCCCACUUGGUUUGCCAAUUGUGCAACCUUACCGUAAAGCCAAGAAAAAGCAAGUAGCAACUCUCUUACAAUCCGUCUACUUGGCUGAUCCUAAUAUUCCAACUGAAGUUAAUCCAAUCAAGCAAGCUUCUGCAUUCCCACCAAACUUUAUCCACUCUUUGGAUGCAACACACAUGGUUUUAACUGCGUUGCAAUGUAGCCAAAUUGGUAUUACAUACGCUAGUGUUCAUGAUUCAUACUGGACACAUGCUUCAACAGUUGACCACAUGUCAGAAAUUAUUAGAGAUACUUUCGUCAAAUUGCACUGUGAGGAAAUUCUAAAGAGAUUGAGAGAUGAGGUAAUUGAAAGAUACAAGGGAUACAGAAUACCAAUUUCAUCACUCGGUGCUAAGAUUGACAAGGAGAAUCCUAAGAUCGCACCACUCUUACCAAAAAGAUCUAAAAAAGUAGCAAAAAAGGAAGCAGAAAGGGAAGAAGAAGAAGAAGAAGAAAGUGAAGAUCUAAUGAACAUUACAUCGGAAGAUUUAGAAGCAAUUGAGACGAUAAAAGCAAAAACUAAUGAUGAUCUCAAUCUUAUAACUAAAGAUGAUGAAAUUUCAGACUUCAUUAAAUCAAAAUACAUCAAACUUGAAGAUGUUUUACCUGACUUACCAAAGAAAGGACCAUUUGAUGUCCGUGGAGUCGUCAAUUCACCAUACUUCUUCUCUUAAUUUAUAGAUAUUUAAACGGACAGGUAUAUUUAUUCAAAUCAUCACUCUAGUCUUUUUUGUAUUAUUUAUUUGAUUUAAAAUGCA